GAGCUGUUCUCGGCCAGCCCCCUUCCCGCAUCCCCCGCCGGGCGACCCCGCGGGCCGGCGGCGAGGGGUUGUGGGCGGCGCGGGGGGGCGGCGGGGCCGGGAAGGAGGGAGCGGGGAGUGCAUGUGCAUCCUCGCAGCCGCCCCUGCCUCUCUUCCCGCCGCCUUCCCUCCUUCCCUCCCCCUCCGUGAGUGUGUGUCUCCCGCUCCCUCUCCAGCCUAGCCUGACGCAGGCGGAUCGAAAUCGCCCCUAACAACCCGGCUGCGGAGCGCGGUGCCGGCGGAGGGGGUCCGGCUGCGGCGGGGCCCCGGCGGGCAGCGGGGCCGCGCCGGGCCGGGCCGGGCCGGGCCGGAGGGGGUGGCGGAGGUGAAGUUGGCCCAAGUGCAGGGAGGCGGCGGGCGGCCCGGAGGGGAAAGUUGCCGGGAGAGGAGAAGGGCGAGCGAGGCGGCAGGACCAUGGGCACUUUGCGGGAUUUACAGUACGCGCUGCAGGAAAAGAUCGAGGAGCUGCGGCAGCGGGAUGCGCUCAUCGACGAGCUGGAGCUGGAGUUAGACCAGAAGGACGAACUGAUCCAGAAGCUGCAGAACGAGCUGGACAAGUACCGCUCCGUGAUCCGGCCCGCCACCCAACAGGCGCAGCAGCAGAGCGCCGGCACCUUGCAGGGGGAACAGAGGACCAAGCGGCAGGCGAUCUCGGCCGAGCCCACUGCAUUUGACAUCCAGGAUCUCAGCCACGUCACCCUCCCUUUCUACCCCAAGAGCCCACAGUCCAAGGAGCUAAUAAAGGAAGCAAUCCUUGACAAUGACUUCAUGAAGAAUCUGGAACUGUCUCAGAUCCAGGAGAUUGUGGAUUGUAUGUAUCCUGUGGAGUAUGGCAAAGACAGCUGCAUCAUCAAGGAAGGAGAUGUGGGUUCCCUGGUGUAUGUCAUGGAAGAUGGGAAGGUUGAAGUGACAAAAGAAGGUGUAAAGCUGUGCACCAUGGGACCUGGCAAAGUAUUUGGGGAGUUAGCCAUCCUCUACAAUUGUACCAGGACAGCAACUGUCAAAACUCUCGUAAAUGUGAAACUUUGGGCUAUUGAUCGGCAAUGUUUUCAAACAAUAAUGAUGAGGACAGGCCUCAUCAAGCAUACUGAGUAUAUGGAAUUUUUAAAAAGUGUUCCUACAUUCCAGAGCCUUCCCGAGGAGAUACUUAGUAAGCUUGCAGAUGUCCUUGAAGAGACGCACUAUGAAAAUGGAGAAUAUAUUAUACGACAAGGUGCUAGAGGAGAUACUUUCUUCAUAAUCAGCAAAGGAAAGGUGAAUGUUACUCGUGAAGACUCCCCCAGUGAAGAUCCGGUCUUUCUCCGUACUCUAGGGAAGGGAGAUUGGUUUGGAGAAAAAGCCCUUCAAGGGGAGGAUGUCAGAACAGCCAAUGUCAUUGCAGCUGAAGCGGUAACUUGUCUGGUCAUAGACAGAGACUCCUUCAAACAUUUGAUUGGUGGCCUAGAUGACGUUUCCAAUAAAGCCUAUGAAGAUGCAGAAGCAAAAGCAAAAUAUGAAGCCGAAGCUGCCUUCUUCGCCAACCUGAAACUGUCUGAUUUCAACAUCAUUGACACCCUUGGAGUCGGAGGGUUUGGACGAGUUGAGCUGGUCCAGUUGAAAAGUGAAGAAUCAAAAACGUUUGCCAUGAAAAUACUGAAGAAACGUCACAUUGUGGACACGAGGCAGCAGGAGCACAUCCGCUCAGAGAAGCAGAUCAUGCAGAGCGCACACUCGGACUUCAUUGUGAGGCUUUACAGGACAUUCAAGGACAGCAAAUACCUGUACAUGCUGAUGGAAGCCUGUCUAGGUGGAGAGCUUUGGACAAUUCUCAGGGACAGAGGUUCAUUUGAGGAUUCGACAACCAGGUUUUACACAGCAUGUGUGGUCGAAGCUUUUGCCUAUUUGCAUUCCAAAGGGAUCAUUUAUAGGGACCUCAAGCCAGAAAACCUUAUUCUGGAUCAUCGAGGUUAUGCCAAACUGGUCGAUUUUGGCUUUGCAAAGAAAAUAGGAUUUGGAAAGAAAACAUGGACUUUUUGUGGAACCCCGGAGUAUGUAGCCCCUGAGAUCAUCCUGAACAAAGGUCAUGACAUUUCGGCAGACUACUGGUCACUGGGAAUCUUAAUGUAUGAACUCCUGACUGGCAGUCCCCCUUUCUCAGGUCCAGACCCCAUGAAGACCUAUAACAUCAUACUAAGGGGAAUAGACAUGAUUGAAUUUCCAAAGAAGAUUGCCAAAAAUGCUGCUAAUUUAAUUAAAAAACUAUGCAGGGACAAUCCAUCAGAGAGGUUAGGGAAUUUGAAAAAUGGAGUGAAAGAUAUCCAAAAGCACAAAUGGUUUGAAGGCUUUAACUGGGAAGGGUUACGAAAAGGGACACUGACACCUCCUAUAAUACCAAGUGUUGCAUCUCCAACAGACACAAGCAAUUUUGACAGCUUCCCAGAGGACAGUGAUGAACCACCCCCUGAUGACAACUCAGGAUGGGACAUAGAUUUUUAAUGUAUUUCUCUUACCUGCUUCUGCCUUGCUGAAGACAGCUUCCUGGGACAUGGCUGCCAGCGAAACUGAAAGAACUGGGGAGGAUUAGUGCUCGGGGUCACCAUGAUGCCUUGAUUGAUGCUGCUACAGUAACUACAGUGGCAUUAGGACUUAUUGCUUAGAUGACAAUAGUGCUCUUCAUGUUUUAUGUUCAAACUUAAAAUAGCAGUUGACAUGGUGGUCCUGAUGCAAAGCCUUUCACCAGUAAAGAAAUAUGUUUUCUAUCACUGCGAUGAUCUUGCUAUGCUCUUAAUUAUGAAAGUCGAGAGAUACAUAGUUUAAGACACAAUUCUAGCCGCAAGGUUCUGGCUUUAUCAGUAGGAUCAAUAGUAACUUGUUAAGUGCUGUAGCUAAAUACAGUGCAGGAUUUGGGCUACUCCCACCUUCCAAACCCCGUAGAUCUCCUACUGUAGGCCAGUGUAGGAGCAAAGGAGGACCACAACAGUACUGGUGAAGGAGUUCAUGUCAAAGCAGUGAUAAAAUUUGUUCGUUUUUUUUCCAAGCAGUAUUCAUGACGGGAAUGAAUGUUACCGUUCCUCUUUAUUUUUGAGAAUUUCUUUUUUAGCCUGGUAAAACAAAAGCACAACUGCUGUAGAUCCUGUUAAGGCAGAUAUGGGUCACUUCUCUCAUACAGCUGAGAACAUACUGUAACACGAUAUUUAUUUGGGGUUUUUUCCUUUCCCUUGAUACAAAUACAUAACUGCAUGAAAAAAAAAUCAUAACAUUAAUCCAUUUUACGUAUAAAAUAGUGCUUAAAUCAUGGUCCUGUAAUAAAGUGACAGCAGCCCACUGGUCUUAUUGAUUAGCUAUUAGGCGUUAAACUAAGCUUAACUUUUGUCUUUUUAGAACCCAAAGGGAAAACAUAAGACCCAUAAUGUACUUUAUAGGUGCUAUGUACAUCCCUCAUCUGUGAAUAUACUUACUCAGUUAGCCACCACUUCAGAAAUAUGUAGCAAGAAGCAUCAUUCUCCAUCAUGUUCUUAGAUAAUUUUACAUCUUCAUGUCUGCAUCACUUCCAUGUUAAGUACAAAGCUAGUUAUAAUAAAAGGUGGUACUGAGCCAGUUUUCUGGCUGUGUUUGUAAUCUUGCCCAUAAAAAUGUAAUCCUAGUGCCUCACCAGACUAAGGAACACCACAGGAAAGUCAGUGGAAAUAAAUGGAAAACCGAUAUUGGAUGUGUUUGUGCAAGGUCUCCAUGUCUCUGCUGUACCAGGACCCCAGUGACCGUGUUUAAAGCACGGGGAUAGCUAGAACUGAGUCAGCUCUUAUAGUAUUAUCAUAUGCACACUUUUUCCUUACUUCCACUGUUUUUCCUUUGCUUGAUACUGUCUUCUGAUUUAUAGGAUGUAACAGGAGUCUGUCCUGUGUGCCUGUUUAUCGCAUAUACAUGGGACUAAAAGUUUAUCCCAUCAUACUAACAAAAAAUGUCAGCUUUCAGUCUUUGUAACAGAUCCUGCCUCAAAACAUUAGCAGGUGCUGCCCCAUUUCAUCUCAGAGCUGCCAAGAGCUUGGCAGCCAAGAGUAGUUGUAUACACUGGAAGUUGAAAGAUCAGCUCUUGCUAAAAGUCAUGCAUAUGACUUUUACCUGCAUAGUACACAGAAAAUGUAUGUUUUAACAGUAAAAAUGUUUCCCCUGUGCUAAAUCCCGACUCUUUCCCAUGUUUCUAGUGAAAGGAACUUUAAAUAGAAUGUAUUAGAAAGGUAUUUUUCUCCCCUUCUUUGACAGCAUUGACAAUGUCUGAUGUUUGAUAGCAAACUAAAGAUCUCAGUCAUCGUGAUGCUUUUGAAACCAGUCAGUGUCUCUGAAUUUCCUUCCGAAGUUUCCAAAGGGUGAGGCAACACCAUUGACACAGUAACUUCAGGUUAUUUCUGCUAUUCAUUAAUCAUUAAAACUUUGUUUGCUUUCAAAACCAUAAGGAUAAGACAGCAGCUACUGGCUUCUCAACCUUUAUCUGAGGCAUGGAAAACACAGGAAGCCAAUGCUGAGUACUAGGGCUAAAAUAACCACUAGGCAUCUUAGCAAACAGGCUGCUACCUAAAAGCUGAAUUCUUUACUUUCAUCCCCCUGUUUUUUCACUCAAUGAUGCAGUGACAUUGGAGGAGAAAACUUACUGUAUUUGGUAACUUUCUAUAAAAGAACGUAGAGAAGAGUUUGUCCCAAAAUGGUAUUUGGUAGCUGAAAUGCAAUUGUCAGUUAAGGGGUUGCUGGGAGGAAAACCAUCACAUUGAGUUUGGGGGCCAACCUGAAAACAUUACAGGAAAAAGGUUUUAAAAUGGGCUGAGUUACUUUUCUUUUUCCUGUCCUUUUUUCCUUGUGCCAAGCAUGGUUAUUAAUACCUGCGGCAUGCAGCAUGGACUAUAUGGAAUAUAAGUUUAUUUUGAUAUCAGACACCUCACUUGACUUUCAUUACCUUUCCUAAGCAUACCUUAAACAACAUACUUAGCAUAUGUAUAUGAUAACCACCUUCGUUUAUAAGUAAUAUAUUUGAGUUGCAUUUUAUAUAUAUAUAUAUAUAUAUUCACAACGAUGGAUUGCUUCUGUGUUUCUACUUUACUGUCCUUUCUUCUUUGUCUCCUUUUUUUAAUAUAUGGGACAGUGGCAUAUCUGUGUAAGGGGAAAGCAGCUCUCAUAUUUAAAAUGAGUGUAUUAAGGUUGGUGUCAUUAAGACACAGACGAUCUGUAGCUUCUCACAGUGCUGCAUUAUCCAUAGCAAACUCUUAUUUAACAACAGGACCACAAGCAAAUAUUUAUGUAAAUAGGUAAUUUCGUGUUGAUAUUUUGUGGUACACAUAUAACUUUUUCUUUUAGAGUUCCAUGGCAUUAUUACUUCAUUUUCUUAUUUGUAAUGUAAUGUUUUUAGAUCAAGGUAGACUUGAAUUAAUGUCAUAAUUGUCAGUAUUAUUAAACUUUAUGUCAACUGUAUUGUUAACUCAUCUGUCCCAUAGUUUUAGAACAUGACUAGCUAUCUGGCAUUGUUGCAAGUGCCUUAAAUCUGUGGCAUCCUAUAAAAAAAGAUUACAAAUUUGGUGUUAUGCUGCAUGACAAAGACAAACACACCUCAAAAUGUCGUCCUUUCUUAGCUUGCUGCGUUUUACAGUUCUUUCUGCUACCAAUUUCUAAGCCUUUAUUAUAUAAUAUUGAUGAAUUACAGAAAUGAUGAAGUUGUUCUCUUAUUUCUGUUCAAUGUACCAGAGCUGUGUAUCUGUUGAUGAGAUACAGAGUCAUUUCUGUGAAAUGUAUAAAUGUUAUGUGCAGGUCAAAUUAAUAUAUGACAUCCUAUCAGUCUGUAGACAGGUAUUCCUGUUUUGCUAAGGUGUGCAGAUUCAACCCGUCAUGCUGUCCAACACCAACCUCCUGUCUUAUACAAACCCCUUUAGAAAUCUCCCACACACAAAAAAACGAUGAGCAACUCGGUGUGCAACCCGACCUGCGUGUUUUGACCUGAAAGCCUGACUCAAAGGAGUAGCUGGUUUGCACCACUCAACAAAACAGGAUCUGGGCUUUUCCCCUGACUCCUAUAUGUAAACUACCAUGGAGGCGAGCCCUCGGCGCUCUCACAAAACCUAGCUGGGAAGCUGGAAGCUCCUUGACCUCCACAGCUCCGUGGCUGUGUAAACCAGCCGUAACGCUGAGACUUGGGCAGUUUUAGAGCCUUACUGGCAAAAGCAGAAAUUUUUGUUUUGAGCUGUCCAUCGUCCCAAGUCCCAAUUUACGCUGCUUUUACACUAGCCUUUGGUUCAGAUUCUUAUUUUUUCCAGUUUUCUUCCUACAUGAAAGAGAUUUUGUUUGUCAGACAGAUGUCAGUCAUCCACCGGUCACUGGCCGGUUGCAUUCUUUUGAUGUAGAUUUAAGACCUUUUUUUCAUAAACUUUAACUGCUUUUGUUUUGCUCUGUAUUUUCCCUGCAGCUGUAAUUGCCGAGUGCCUGUUGUAUACUUUAUAGAGUUGAAAUAAAAACAAUUACUUUUGAA